AUGACGACUCCGUUCCCUCUUUUACGUCUUCCAAGGCUUGCCCUUAUUUCAGUUUUCACACAAAUGGAGGUUAUUGAGAUAAUCGCAUUCUCAGUUCUCUCUAAAAGAACUUGCAAUCUUUCAAAAAUCCUUUGCAAAAAGAUAUCUUCCCGCUACAUCGAUAUGGUAAUAGUGAAUAACUGUCUACGUAUGAGGAUUGCUCUGACAAAUGGGUCAUUCUUUGCACUGUAUUUCAACCCAGACAACUCGAAGACUGUUGAAGUGUUUUAUCCGUACAAAAAAAUUCAAUGGGAAAACGUCGGAUUAUCGACAAAACAAUGCAUUGAACGAGUGUUCGAUGUUACUAAGUGUUCAUCUCUGAGAGAAGUGAUACUCAAUGGGACACCGAACUACAAUUUGUUCUCAGUUUUUAAUGUAGUUCCCCAAAUCUCUAACCUCCACAUCUCGCACAACUGUACAAAAGCUUUUGCUUCAAAAGCACUGCAAAUUCUCUUGCCAGUCACUUCAUCGAUCACUUUUUCUAAAUUUUUCUUUUCGAAUCGAAGAGAAUUCCAGAGAGUCUGGAUGGGCAACAUUGACUGUUUGUGUAUCCACUACGAUGAUUUAUCGAGUGUUAACUUCAACAUUGAUGAUCUUUUAGCCUCGAACGCAGUCAAACUCGAAUUAAGCGACGUCCCAAUGAGUCUGAGAGACCUCAAUCGAUUCUUUUCUUGUUGGUUAAACAAAACAUCUAAUCGUAGCUUGAAGCAUCUAUCAGUUAAGUCACUUGAGGACAUCAAUGAAGACGUUCUUCUGAAUGGACUAGAUGCUACUCGGUCCACAGCAAAACGGACUAGAGAAUUUCGAUCAACCAGCACGUUCACUCAGUUAACAACAUUCACUGGAGUGUUCAAAGUGAGAAGAAUAGAUGGAAAAAUGGCAGUUACACUCAGUUAA